AUGCCUCCGUCACCUUCACUAGUGACGUCAGCUUCAUUUGUCUUCCCAACAACAACAACUCAUGAUGAACAACAACAGCAGCUUAAGACCCGUAACAACACUGAUAACAACAAUCUAAAUAGACCUCAUCUGGUCCAGUCAUCGCCGGUUACCAUCCGAACUCCCCCUCCUAUUCAAAAAGUUAUACCGACUGUUCCUACCAUUAUCCCUGGAGCUGAUUACUUUGUUGAACCUAAAAAUUGUUUCCACCAUGGCCAUGUUCAUUCUCGAUCCUCCAGUGGUGCUUCUUCCAAUAUCUCUCUUUCCAAGUCCCAUAAACCCGCUAAUAACAGUAUCUCCAGUAUGGCCAGUACAACUUCCGAUUUGACCAUUUACGAGAAUGUGGUGUUCCACGGUCAACCUGUGGCGCCAGGGUUGACCAAUGAUGAGUUUGUCCAAGACAGUAGUGGUGUCAAGAAUGUCCUCAAUCUACUGUUAUCAUUAGACGGUGGCAACAGCAGUGUCAGUGGUGGUACUCCUACUACAGGAACUGCUAAUAGCGGUCCAUCUAGAUCUACGCCUUUACCCAAAGCUAGUAGUGCUACAGAGAGUAGAUUCAAUCUUAAUAAGUUGGGGAGAUUCCACACUGGUGGCGAUUACUCGUGCAACGGAAACGAAAUGACCCCAUCUACUUCACUUUCAAACACAUCAUCAUCAUCAUCAUCAUCAUCAUCAUUACCGUCAUCAACUACUACGGCUAAAGCAGCCCUGUUGAAAAAGCAAGCAACCUUGCCCAUAAACUUUCCUCAAGCUGAAACCCCCACUACAAAGAACUUUGGCGAUUUACAUCUUACAAUCCCUCUGGCUGGCCCAAGUGGAUCAUUUUUUAAAUCACCAGUAAGCAUGAAAGGUUGGUCACCUUCUACUUCUUCCAUAGGAGCAUCUCCAAUAACCCCAUUAGAUGAAAGCUCCAUUAUUAAUCUAUCACCAGGUCAAAUCAAAUACUGUAACUUGGACCAAUUUCAGAGUUUGAUUGAAGGUGAAAGCAUAUACCCAUCCACUAGUCAAUUGGGAAAGGUUCUAAUGAUAGAUAUUCGACCCUUUUCCGAUUUUAUCCAUUUGCAUAUUUUUGGUAGUAUAAAUAUAUGUCUACCAAGUACGUUACUUCGAAGAAACAACUUUGAUUUGAAUCGGUGUAUUAAUUCAUUGCCAACCAUGGAGAAGUCAAUGCUUCAAUCAUAUCUUGCCUUCAAAGCAGAUAGUAUAAAGAAUAACCAUACCUUCUCAUUCCCAUAUAGUACCAAUGGAUUACCUCCAAUUAUAUUAAUGGAUACCCAUGGUGCACUGCCAAAUUUACUAUUCUUCAUUAAAAAAUGGAUUAAUAAUGAUUUAUGGGAUAGUUCUGCCCAGAUCUUUAUUCUUUCAGAAGAUAUAAAGAAUUUACCUGAUAAUUUAGUGGAAUCAGGUAAGCUGUCAUUACUGAACACCAGUUCUCCCAUCUCCUCAAUUGGAGCUGCUUCAUUUUCAAUGUCAACUCCCGUAUCUACAACUUGCUUGACUCCAUCUCAAUUGGUGGGAGGAGCAGGACCUGGAGGAGGACCAGAUUCACUUGGAUCCCCAGCAACAAGAUACAUUAGUGAGGAAAACUCGCUUGUUAGUCAAUUCACUUUACCGUCUCCUCGUAGAGUGUUCAAAUUACGGCAUAAUGAAGAGUUGUUGGCGACUUCAAUGGCAGUUUCAGAUAAUCCCUUUGAAACCAAUUAUGCCACCGCAUUGAUAUCUAAUGCAAAAGAUAACCAAAGCCUUCCCAAAUGGCUCCGGGCAUCAUUGGAGGGCAGUAACAGCAUAUCUAAUGAUUUCCAUCGAUUAGAACGUUUAGAACAAGAUAGACUUAAUACGGCAUUUACGGGAUAUUCUGAAGGGUAUGAAAGCGAUGUUCCUAAAAUCAGUAGUGGGAUUGAGUUUGGCCAUAAGAACAGAUAUAAGGAUAUCUUCUUAUAUGAACAUAGUCGGGUCAAGCUUAACGAUAGAAGAGAGAUCUCCGACUAUAUCAAUGCAUCUUAUAUUGAUGCUACCACUAAGGUGGUUACUGAUUUAUUACCCCACAGAAAUAAAAGAACUGAAGAUGAUGAAGCUGGCUCUCAUUUGAAGUAUAUUGCUACUCAAGGACCAUUGAAUGAAACUGCCGGAGAUUUCUGGAGAUGUGUAUUGAAUGAAAAAUGUCGACUUAUUAUUUCCUUAACAGAUGAGACAGAGAAUGGAGUUUCCAAGUGUUGUCCUUUUUGGAAGUCUGGAGCUUAUGAAACGAAUGGAAGUAUUAUAAGUGUGAAGAUCAUGGAUCAAGAAAGAUAUCACGAUUCACUUUUAUUACGAAGCUUUGAAGUCAAACGAGGGAAUGAAGUAUUGUAUGUCUUACAAGCUCAUUUAACUUCAUGGCCAGAUAUGCUGACAUGUGAACUGAAUGAAGAUAUCAUUAAGUUGAUUACUUUAAAGCAUUAUUUGGUUGAUAUUUGCAAGCCGGAAACGCUGGAUUACCCGGUUAUUGUACAUUGUUCUGCCGGUUGUGGCCGCACGGGGACUCUUUGCGCCAUUGACACUGUGGUCAACUUGAUAAGCCAAAGAGGUGAUGCUGAUUUCGAAUAUGAUCCUAUCUUUGAAAUAGUCAACUGUUUCCGGAAACAGAGAGUUAGUAUGGUCCAGACCUUAAGACAAUACUCGUUGGUUUACGAUGUCUUGUGGGCUUAUGUUAAGGAAGGUCUUGUGCCGAAGAGUGAAUGGCUGGAUUUGGCAGCUUUGCAUACCGUACAAGCAUUUGUUGAUACAGUUACACUGAACUGA